CGUUAUAAGAUUUUAACGAGGGAGAUUGACAGUAUAAAAAUGAGAGCAGAUUUCAGAUCUCAUUAUCUUUCAAUUAUUGGAAGUUUUUAAAAAUGUCACCACGAAAAUUGAUGUUUUUGAUUUUGAUGCUGUGCGUCUUCACUGCUAGUGCGUACGCCGCUUGUUCUUGCAAGAAAAAAGGCAACAAAAAUGGUGGUGGAGGUUCUGGAGGCGGUGGCAAAAAUGUUGGCGGUACAAAUGGUGGCGGUGGUUCAAGUGGUGGCGACAAAAGUUAUAAUGGAGCUCUGAUCGACAUACCGGUAUUAAGUCAAGUUUCUCAAUGAAAAAAAUGUUUGGAUUACAAUAGAUCAUUACAACGAGACAAUGUGUAACAGCAUAAUGAAAUUUUACUUAUUUUUCUUUCAAUUUUGUAAUUGUGCAAAGAAACAAAUCUAAAUUUCAAAAUGUAAUGAACAAAUAAAUUCUUCCAUGUACUGUAAGAGAUCAAGAAAAUUGUUUAUUGAACUUAUUUUAAUAAAAUGAAAUUUUAUUUCGA